GCGCUCAGCGGCGACUCGGUGGCUUCCGGUUCCGUCGCCCUCUUUGAUCAACGAGGCCGCCGAGACGGUUUGUGGUAGCCCCCGUGCGGCAGACGCAGAGAUGCAGAUCUUUGUGAAGACCCUGACAGGCAAGACCAUCACCCUUGAGGUUGAGCCCAGUGACACCACUGAGAAUGUCAAAUCUAAAAUCCAAGACAAGGAGGGCAUCCCACCUGACCAGCAGCGUCUGAUUUUUGCAGGCAAACAGCUAGAGGAUGGCCGCACUCUCUCAGACUACAGUAUUCAGAAAGAGUCCACCCUGCACUUGGUGCUUCGCUUGCGGGGGGGCAUCAUCGAGCCUUCCCUCCGCCAGCUAGCCCAGAAAUACAACUGCGACAAGAUGAUCUGCCGCAAGUGCUAUGCUCGCCUGCACCCCCGUGCUGUCAACUGCCGCAAGAAGAAGUGUGGCCACACCAACAACCUGCGCCCCAAGAAGAAGGUCAAAUAAGCCUCUCCACUGGCUCUUCCUUUGCCCUUAGGGCGGCCUCCUGCCCUUGCAUCAUGGCCUUGGGGGCUCAAUAAAGUUUCUCUUCGUUGACUGCAGCAGUAA